AUGGCCGAUUUAGUUAGUUACCAAACUUGUAAUGCAUUGAUUACUUCUUAUUUUCGAUGUGGCUGUGCUGAUUCUGGCAGGCAGGUGUUUGAUGAGAUGGCUAUGAGGAAUGUUAUCUCUUGGACAGCUGUGAUUUCUGGUCUUGCUCAAAAUGAGUUUUGUGAGGAAAGCUUGGAUUUGCUUGUGAAGAUGCAAGGUGCUGCUGUUGUGCCUAGUUAUUUGACGUACUUAAGUGCAUUGUUGGCAUGUUCUGGCAUGAAGGCACUCGGGGAGGCUCGUCAAAUUCAUGGGAUCGUUUGGAAGUUGGGGUUUCAAUCAGAUUUGUGUAUAGAGAGUGCAUUGAUGGAUGUGUAUUCCAAUUGUGGCAGUGUACAAGAUGCUUGGCAGAUGUUUGAAUCUGCGGAGGUUCUUGACACAAUUGCUAUGACAGUUAUGCUUGUGGGGUUUGCCAAAAAUGGAUAUGAAGAAGAGGCUUUGCAGAUCUUUGUAAAAAUGGUAAAAGCAGGGGUUGACAUUGACCCUGAUGUAGUGUCAGCCAUUCUUGGUGUCUUUGGUAGCGAUACUUCUUUGGCUCUUGGCAAGCAAGUGCAUUCUUUAAUCAUCAAGAAAGGUUUCAUUUCCAACUCGUUUGUACGUAAUGGGCUAAUUAACAUGUAUUCCAAGUGCGGUGAACUGGAAGAAUCUGUCAAAAUCUUUAACAGUAUAGCUCAAAGAAAUUCAGUCUCUUGGAAUUCCAUUAUUGCAGCCUAUGCUCGUCAUGGGAAUGGCUAUAGGGCACUCCAGUUAUACGAAGAAAUGAGGUCAUAUGGUGUGGAUCCAACUGAUGUUACAUUCAUCUCUCUGCUUCAUGCUUGUAGUCAUGUAGGGCUAGUAAAUAAAGGUAUGGAAUUCUUUGAAUCAAUGCAGAUUAUCUAUGGGAUGACUCCAAGAAUGGAGCAUUAUGCUGCUGUAGUUGACUUGCUUGGUCGAGCUGGACUGCUAUGUGAAGCCAAGAGUUUCAUUGAGGAGCUACCAGUAAAGCCAGACAUAUUUAUUUGGCAGGCAUUACUUGGGGCCUGUAGUAUUCACGGUGAUGCUGAGAUAGGGAAAUAUGCAGCUGAUCAAUGGCUCUUGACUUCACCUGAUAAUCCGGUGCCAUUUGUUCUACUGGCUAAUAUAUAUUCUUCCAGAGGGAGGUGGAAAGAGAGAGCUAGAACCAUAAGGAAAAUGAAGGAGACGGGAGUGGCAAAGGAGACGGGGACAAGCUGGAUAGGGAUUGAGAAGGAAAUCCAUUGUUUCGUAGUUGCAGAUCAAAUGCAUCCCAGAACCAUGAUCAUUUAUUCUACCUUGCUGGAGUUGUUUAGACACAUGAGAGAUGAAGGGUAUGUACCAGAUAAUAGGUUCAUUCUAUAUUACAUGGAUGGUGAUGAGACGGAUUUUUCAGUCGAUUUGCAUGAUACCUCUCAACUGGUUGGUGGCUGACCAUUGUUAUGUAAUCUAUGUAUCUUGACUCAUUGCAGCAAAUUGUGACCAUGAUAUCUUUUCAUUAAUCAUUAACAAAAUACCCUCUUGUGAAGUAAAGCUAGAACUAGUAUGCUCCUUUGGGACAUAAAGGAAUCAAAUCAAAUUAUCUGAUUUCUGAAAAGUGAACUGUUUGCUACCAUUGUGGAAGAUUCUCUUUCUGUUUGAACAAAAAUAGAAUUACAAAAGAGUUCCUUGAAAAUAUACCACAACUUCUCUGAUCAAGGAAACUGAAUGCACCAAGUAAUUUGAUAUAUACUCUGCUAAUCCAUUCUGAAAGAUCUGCAAACUGAUAAUAGAUAGAGGAGUGCAUUUACAAGCAAAUCCUGGUGCUGAUUGUUUGUGUCAUUAAGUUGAAUGCUCAGCACUACGCCUCUGUGUUAAAAAGUGAAGGCACGGUCUAUCUUGAAAUGACUUUCAUGAAGCGGUUUAUAGAAG